CAUGGUGGACGAGAACUGUCAGAGUGUGUAGCAACAUUUGCUACAAUGCGUUUGUCCUUGUGUCACACCUUUCUUCACUUGUAACGAAAGCAUGGUGGAUGAAAAAUGGGGGAUCUGAUUCUGGCGUGUGUGAGUAACUGGCUACAAGAUUAAAGGGGAAAAAAUAUUUUCCUCAAGACAGAUGCAAGAUAUAGAAUCUAAAUUCUGUAUACACAUGCCCCCCACCCCUUCACGUACAUCACCAACACCCCCGCCCCUCUUCCCUCGGCCCCCCAGCCAACCCCCUUCCGCACACACAUUGGUACAAAUUGGUACACAUUCCUUCACAUUUGAUUAUGUGUAUGGAAAUGAUGGUUCCCGGUCAUCUGGAAUGUUUGAAGAAUGUGUCCUUCCCCUUGUCGAUGGUUUGGUCCAAGGUUACAAUGCUACUGUACUCGCUUAUGGUCAGACAGGAUCUGGGAAGACAUAUACUAUGGGGACUGGAUUGAGAGAUGGUUGCCAAACAGGACUGAUUCCUCAAGUUAUGAGUGCACUAUUCAACAAAAUUGAAACAUUGAAGAAUCAAACAGAAUUUCAGUUACAUGUUUCUUUUAUAGAGAUUUUUAAAGAAGAAGUGAGGGACUUGCUUGAUUCUGUAUCUGUAAACAAAUCCUCAACUGCUAAUGGACAUGCUGGAAAAGUUUCUGUUCCUGGAAGGCCACCGAUUCAAAUUCGUGAAUCAUCAAAUGGAGUAAUAACAUUAGCAGGGACAACUGACGUUGCUGUUGCUACACUGCAAGAAAUGGUGGCUUGCUUGGAGCAAGGAUCCUUAAGUAGGGCAACUGGGAGUACAAAUAUGAACAACCAGUCAAGUCGCUCCCAUGCCAUCUUCACGAUCACAUUGGAACAGAUGCGCAAGAUCCAUUCAGCUUCCUCAGUUGAUGACACUCCAGAUGAGGACAUGGGGGAGGAAUACUUUUGUGCUAAGCUCCAUUUAGUAGAUCUUGCUGGAUCAGAACGAGCUAAAAGAACUGGGUCAGAUGGUCUUCGUCUGAAAGAAGGAAUUCACAUUAAUAGGGGGCUUCUUGCACUUGGUAAUGUUAUAAGUGCACUUGGGGAUGAGAAAAAGCGGAAAGAAGGUGCACAUGUUCCAUACCGCGACAGCAAACUGACUCGACUCCUGCAGGAUUCCCUUGGUGGGAACAGCAGAACUGUAAUGAUAGCUUGUAUCAGCCCUGCUGACAUCAAUGCUGAGGAAAGUCUCAACACUCUCAAGUAUGCAAAUCGUGCUCGCAAUAUUGAGAAUAAGCCUGUUGUUAAUAGAGAUGUUAUAUCUAAUGAGAUGCAAAGAAUGCGUCAGCAGCUAAGCUUCUUACAGGCAGAGCUUUGUGCUCGUGGAGGAGAAGCCCAAUCGGAUCAGAUACUGGUUCUCAAGGAAAAGGUUGCUUGGCUGGAGGCUUCCAAUGAGGAUCUUUGUCGAAAACUUCAUGAAUAUCGCAGUAGAUGUGCCGUCAUAGAGCAAUGUGAAAUUGAUGCCCAAGAAGAAAAAGUCUAUUUUUCAAAAAGUGAUGGACUUAAGAGGGGUUUUCAGAGCAUAGAUUCAUCUGAUUAUCAAAUGAGUGGAACCACAUCGGGUGAAAAUUCUAAGGAAGUUGAUGAAGUGGCAAAAGAAUGGGAGCAUGCACUCCGGCGGAAUACCAUGGACAAAGAAUUGCAUGAGCUAAACAAACGUUUAGAGGAGAAAGAGGCUGAGAUGAGACUUUUUGGAGUUGAUGACACUGAAGCUCUCAAGUUACACUUCAAGAAGAAAAUUAUGGAACUCGAAGCGGAGAAGAGAAUUGUACAGCAAGAGAGAGACCAUUUAUUGGCUGAAGUUGAAAACCUUGCAGCUAAUUCUGAUGGGCACACCCACAAAGCACAGGAGAUUCAUGUACAAAAACUGAAAGCACUUGAGGCACAGAUUUUGGAUCUUAAGAAGAAACAAGAAAGCCAGGUUGAAUUGUUGAAGCAAAAGCAAAGAAGUGAUGAGGCAGCAAAGCGUUUGCAAGCUGAAAUACAGUGUACUAAGGCUCAAAAGGUUCAGUUACAGCAUAAGAUAAAACAAGAAGCAGAACAAUUUCGACAAUGGAAGGCCUCUCGUGAGAAGGAAUUGCUGCAGCUCAAGAAGGAAGGCAGGAGAAAUGAAUAUGAAAGACACAAACUUGAAGCCCUUAAUCAACGUCAGAGAAUGGUUCUGCAAAGGAAGACAGAGGAGGCAGCAAUGGCGACCAAAAGGCUAAAGGAGUUGUUGGAAGCCCGCAAAUCUUCUGGACGUGACAACUCAGUUAAUUCCAAUGGGCAUACACCAAAUGGACAGAGCAAUGAAAAAUAUCUACAAAAGUGGCUUGAUCAUGAGCUAGAAGUCUUGGUAAAUGUACAUGAAGUUCGUUUUGAGUUUGAGAAGCAAAGCCAAGUGCAAGCUACCUUGGCUGAGGAGUUAGCCCUUUUGAAGCAAGCAGAUGAGGUUUCUUCAAAUGAAUGUAGUCCCCAGCGAGCACAGAACAAACAUUCAAGAUUGUUGUCCAUGUCACCUACUGUAAGAAUGGCAAGAAUAGCUUCUUUAGAGAACAUGCUGAACAUGUCCUUGAAUGCCCUCAAUGCAAUGGCUUCACAACUUUCUGAGGCAGAAGAAAGAGAGCGUGCUGUACAUGGACGUGGACGUUGGAAUCACAUUCGCUCAAUUGGAGAUGCUAAGAACUUGCUUCAGCAUAUGUUUAAUGCUACCGCAGAAGCAAGUUUUACAGAGAAAGCGAAAGUGCUUUCAAGGAAAAUAUCAAACUACGAUUGCUUUGAAAGGCAUGUUGCUUCCUUCCACCUUUAUGAGGUUCACUAUGCUGACCCCGCUAAUUCAUUCAAUUAUCAAUGUUAA